GGGACCAUGUGACAAAGGUGCCUUCGAGUAUGCGUAUGCCCAUGAUGUAUCCUGGCGGAAGUCCCAAUUUCGUGCACGACAUCAAGGUGGAGAACGGAUUUAUGGAUGUGGAUAGCCGGAGCAGCCAGUGUCCAUCAGUGGAGCACAAUUUCGCUUCACCUCGGUCCAACGGCAGUACAGUGGAUAGUUUUCCGCCGAUGCAAUUUGGACAGAGCAAUAAUCAUCUGUAUCUGCCGAAGACAUCAAACUUCUCAAUCAAUUUCGCAUCGCCUCGCUCCAACUGCAGUACAGUGGAUAGCAUUCCGCCAAUGCAAAUUUGGCAGAAUAAUAACACUCCAUAUCUGCCAGAGAUUUCGAGCUUUCCAAUCAACGGCUGUAGUCCAACGCAUUUCAGUGGUGGCUCCAUGAUUCCAACUAACAAUAACAAUAAUAAUAACAACUUGAUGAAUGAUUUCUUAAGUCAGAAAAUGAGUGCCAUAAGCUUACCGCCACAAGGAAAUCUGGAUACAGGAAUAUGUGCCCCAAACCACCUUCUGUCCGCUGAACCUCAGAUCUAUCAACACCUCUAUCAUUGUUUCAAACAAAAAACUCUUUCAGUUACUUCGCAGGGAGGACAUUUUUUAUCCUGGAUGGCCCAGAACGGCCACAACAACGCCAACAACUUUGGCGGACGGAAGGGAUCUAAUAACCCAAACAACCCAAACCGGGUGAACAAGACCGACAGCUCGGGCUGCAAUGACCAACAGAACGGCAACCUUUUACUCUACCUAGGUGAUUGAUUGCUCAUACAUAAUAUCGUAGACGCAAUACCUGGUUGUCAGCCCUGCUAUAAUGUAGCAAGGACUCAACCCACUCUAGCGAACCAAAUAAAGCUCUGUUAACU